AUGAGCACAAUUAUCUUAACAUUUUUGGUUUUUAAAGCGUUCCUUUCAAACGUUGAUGGUAUCGAUUCGGAUCGGUUUCAGAAUUACGUCAAUGAAUGUGAAAGAACUGAAAGGGGAAAAAACGCUACAGUUUACAGACAGCUGGAAGUGGAAAAGAAAUUACUAAACAAUCGCAUAUCCAGACUUCAUUCGGCCCUAGCAAAAUUUGUGGCCUGCCUUUCUCAACGCUACGAGAAUGAAGAGUGCCUGUAUGCUUUUACGUUAUCAAGCAAAAAUUAUCCUGGCAGUGGAAACAUAACAGACAGGUAUAAUUUUCAGAUGAAAAAUAGCUAUCCAAGCGACAAAAACGCAAACGCGCAAGUUAACAACGUCAGUCAAACCAUUCAAUCAAACAUUCUCCGAACAUUAUACGCGUCUACAGCUGACCAGCUAACAAAAACCGAAAAAUUGAAGUCUCAGUUGAACGGUUUACAGUGCGAGCUAAAGAGAAGUAAAAAUAACGAAAAAAUUUUAGAAGAGAAGUUGAAAAAUAACUGUUCAAAGAAAAUCAUUUACGAAAAAGACGUAAUAUUUUCCGAGAGCAAAUCCAAAAACGAAGGCAGCAAUCCUCCAAAAUUAAUUUCAGUUAUAAAAAAUUCACUACAGAUAAAAAAUAUUUCAAAAAAUGUGGACGGGCCAGCCAACAAAUCAGUUCUUCAGUCACGCGCAACUCUGUCGCCAUUGUUAUUCACGCUGCCACCAUUCUCCUUCACCACAUCAAUCUUCCUAAAACCACCCUCUUUUUCAUUAUUUUCCCAACGUCCACAACAAACGAAGCAACCAAACCUUUUACAGUUCCAGCCAAUCGACAUGGCAAACGUCCUAAUUAGUACCCUAACUCCGCCCCUAACAAAACGUCACCAAAAGUGCCCCGGGUUAAAAAGCGCCGUACUGUCCAACAGUCGUCUGUCCAUUUUAGAAUCAGUCAUAGACGACAAAAAUAAACUGAUUGACGUCUUAGAGAAUAACCAGCAGAAAUUGAUAAAAACUCUUUUGAAGCAGCAGCGGCUCAUGCUAGCAGCCAACAAACUCAUUGAGAUGCAGCGCUAUUUCAUCAACGUUUCUAACUCCAGGUCGCAAAUCGAGGUUGCAAAAGUCGUAAAUAACUGCGUGAAACUUAAUGACGAGAUGAGUCAGAUAGUAGCCAGUGGCAACUAUCUUAAUGAGGGAGAUAGAGUGUUACACGAUGCUAACAAUGCUUAUAAAAGAAAUAUGCAUAGGGCUGAUUACCACAGUUUCGGCGCCAACAACAUCAACAACAAUAAUAACAACAACAACAACAAAAAUAGUAAUGAUAAUAAUAACAAUAACAACAACAGAUUUCAAAUUCUUAUCGAUAAUAAUAAUAAUCAUAAAAAAGUUAGUGGUAGUACUAGUAACGGUAGAGGUAGGAGUGGUAGUUAUAGUAAUAGUAUUAUUGACACAAGUAGUAGUAGUAGUAGCGACAGCAGCAACAGUGGUAGUAGCAGUAGUAACGACAACCUUAACAGACUUACCGGUUUUAAUGGGAAAAAACAUAGACGGAUAAUCAAAAACAGAAAGCCAGACGCGAGAUUAAAAAUAUUUCUAAAAGGAUUGAACCAGAGAAACAAAGAGAACCUACUAAGGAUCAGAUAUAGAUCGCAGUUGGAUAAGUUAAUGUCACUCAGAGAACAUCUAUCUAAACUGAACUCCAAGAAUAAUAAAGCACCGGGAAAUAUUCCGAAUGAUUUUCAAAGAAAUAAUAUUAAUAAUAAAAACAAUAAUAAUAAUAAUAAUUAUGACUAUGGCGAUUAUGGUGAAACCACAACCACAACGAAUAAAAUGUUUUUUGGAAAAAUUUUUAAGCCAAAUUUUGAGAGAAAUUUUGAAGUUGAGGUACAGAAAUUAUCGCCAAUGCUUACAUCUGGUUUGAAAUCUGUUUUCAAAAAUAAAAAUGACAAAAUGAAUAUUGUUGAAAAAGAAGUGAAUGAUGAAGUUAAUGUUGACAAAAAUGACGUUCAAAAAUGGAGAUUUUUUAAAGUACUCCCUGAGUACUUUGCUGUAACAAAAAGUUUUCACAUCAGCAACAAAAGUAACAAAAACAUUAAUAACAUUAACAACAAUUACAUCAACAAAAACAACAACAACAACAUCACAGAUUUAAACGGCAGAUAUGUCCCCGACCUCAAAAAUUACUUGAAAUUCAUGAAUGACAACAACCAAAUUUUUGCAAACAACAACAACAAGAACAUUACCAAAAACAUCAACAACAACAUUAACAACAACAUCAAAGACGAAACAAAUAACAACAACAAAAACAACAAUGACAUCAAUAACAUCAACAAAAACAACAACUAUGGCUCUUUCGAAAAUUUUUUCCAACAAAUUGUUGUCGACGACAUGAAGUUUAGAAAACUUUCAAACGUUUUGACAACAACAACAACAAAGAAACGAAAUGAAAUUAACGGCAUAGAUUACAACAACAACAACAUUAACAUCAACAACAACAAUAACGACAAUAUUAACCGGAAUUUUUAUAACAAUAAUCUUGCUUAUCGCAAUUUAAACAAUGCAAAUAGCAACAACAAUAAAAAUGUCUACGAUUACAACAACAACGACAUCAACAACAAUAUCAACCACAAAUACAACAGCAACAACAAACACACAUUAAACAACAACGUUCAUCCUUGGAUUGUUGAUGAUUCGGGUUUCAAAAAUUUUUUAAAAAUCUCACCCAAAACGGCAAUAGAUUCUAACAUUAACAACAACAUCAAUGACAUCAACAACAACAACAACAAAAACCACAACAGCAUCAACUUCAUCAACAACAACCACAACAACAAACAUUUUUACAAUAACGUUGACACUAUUAUAAAAACUGAACCAAACAUUAUAACAACAUCAAAAACAGCUGCUACUACUACUACUACUACCGCUACUACUACUACUACUACUACUACUACUACUACUACUACUACUACUACUAUUACAUCAACAACCACGACAAGAGGAACGACAACUACAGUGUCUAGCACAGCAGCCACAAAAUCGCAACCAGCAACAACAACCACAACAACCACAAAGUAUGACGCCAUCAACAGAGGCAGCAGCAGCAGCAGUAGUAGCAACAAGAUAAGCAAAAACAAAAUUAAUACCGGCGGAAAACACGGGAAACACUUUGAUGUAAAUGCAACUAGUGACGUCAUCGUCAUUGACGACGACGUCAGAAAAAUAAUUUACAACAAGUUGAAAAACAUCAACAACAACAGCAACAGCAGCAACAACAACAAAAACACAAAAAACAACAACUACUACUUCCUCUCGAAAAACUUUGACAACAAAACGAACAACAAUCGCAACAGCUUAUCUCUUAAUAACAAUGCAAUAUACAACAAUAACAACAACAAUAAUUACAUUCCAAACAACAACAAAUUAGGCAACGACAACUUUAACUACAAUCACAUUACAAACGACAACAAAAAUAUGGCCAACGAUAACAACUACUACAAAUCAAAAAAUAUUUUCCAACCAGGGAAAAAUUUUAACCAAUACAGACCGAGCUAUAAUUACAAAACAAACAACAAAAACAUCAAUAACAUUAACAUAAACAAUAACAAACUUAACAACAACAAUUACAAAGACAACAACAACAACAUUAACAAUAAAGACAUCAACAGAAAUAUAGUGCAUGGUCCUUGGGCUGUUGAUGAUGUUCAAUUCAAACACAUCGCAUCAAAUAUACCCAAUGAGACCACUACAAAAACGGGAAAGAAUUACAACAACAAUGGCAACAACAACAACAACAUCAUUAAUGUCAGCAACAACAUUGGCAACAACCCAAACAAAAUUAACAACAAAUCAAACAAAGGCCUCCACCAAAUAAACAUGCACGGAUCGAAAGAAAAUAAUAACCAAAUGAAUAAAAAUAACAUUAAAUUAUUAAAUAACAUUAACAACAAAAACAUCAUCAACAACAACAACAACAACAAAAAUAAUAGGGCGUCCCAUCCUUGGUUGGUUGAUGACGUUAAAAUCAAGCAUACCUCAAAAAAUAUUUCUAACAAGACAACCAUAGAAGUAAAACGACAUGACGUCAUCCUCAACAACAACAACAGCGUAAGCUACAACAACAACACAAACAACUUCAGUAAUCGAACUAUGCUUUCAAAACUUUCCAUUUUGAAAAAUAUACUUUUGAAUAAUUUUCCAAAAAAAUUUGACAACGCACUUAAUCAAUCUAACGUUAAACAACGACAAAAUGCCCAACAACAACAACAGCAUCAACAUCAACAACAACAAAAACAGCAACAACAACAACAACAACAUCAACAACUACAACAACAACAACAGAAACACUUGAUACGAAAAGAACUAGCGUUACGAACGCAUCAACUACUCCAACAGCAACUGCAACAACAACGUGAAUUACAACAACUACUCCUACUCAAGCAGAAAGAUGGGGCAUUCAAGAAACAUCAACAUUCAAUACAUCAACAUCAACAACAACAACAACUGCAACAACAACAACAACUUCAACAGGAGCAGAAUCAAAAACAUCAAUUGUAG